AUGGAAGACCCUCUAUUACUUAAACAAAAACUCGAAUUUCUACAGAUGGAACUUGACGAUUUAAAAGCCAAAGAACAACAGCAAAAAAGCAUGUAUGAGUCAAUGAUCAAAAGUUUGACAUCAGACACAGACCAAAUUUUAUCUGUAAUUUCUAUUUAGAAUAAAGCUUCAGAAGAACUGCAAAAAGUUGAAUCUCAGUACCAAACCCAAAUUCAAGCUAUGAAAGCCAAACAUAAACAAAAAAUCAAUGCUUUAGAAGAAAAGCUAAAAGAUUACAAAGAAAAAAAUUACGAAUUAGAAAAGGCGUUUAAAGACCAGAAAAGCGAAUAUGAUGAAGUAAUUUUGCAGUUAAAACAAGAAAAUUGCAGUUUAGCCUUCCAAAAAAGAGAAAUUGAAGGAAAAUUGAAAGAAAUAUGCGUAAAGCCAGAUAAUAGAGUAAACGAUAGGCUUAUUAAGGAAAAUGAAAACCUGAGAAAAGAAAUUGAUAGGGUAAAAGAAGAAUCCGAAGAAGAUAUAAAAAAAUCUCGAGAACAGGCCCAAAAACAUAUACAAGAAUUAAAAGAAAUUUAUGACCAAGAAAAGAUAAAUUUAGAAAAACAAUGCCAAAAACUUAGCCAAGAAUUGAGCUUACAAAGGGAAAAAAUCGAAGCAGAAAUUCAAGCAAAAAACAAUCAGACAUUAGGGCAAAGGCUUGAAGAAGUCAUUGAUGAAAGCACUUACCAGAUGGAAGAGUUGAGAAGAGCGAGAGAAGAAGCAGGAGAAAUUGUGGGUAAAUGGAAAGGUGAGCUAACCAAUUUAGUACAGCAUGUCAGAGAGCAAUUAAAUAAAUCUCCAGAUUGUUCUCCUAUAAAAUCUGUUGACGAAAGCCAAGACCUCUUAAAAUUUGCAGAAUGCACUCGAGAAGAAAUCAAAAAACUCCGCUCACAGCUAAUCUGUUUCCAAAAAGUUAUAAAAACGCUAGAAUACAAUGAGGACAAGCUUCGACAACAAGUAAGAGAACGCGACGACGAAAUCGAUAAACUCAAAAGAAUAAUCCGAUUCAAAGCCAAAGAUGAAAAAACUACUGAUUAUCAAUACUUAAUCAAGCAGCGGGAUGAACUUACAGAGCAGUUGAUAAUAAAAGAAACUGAGCUCUACAAGAUUAAAAAACAAAUUGGCGACUUAAGAUGUGAAAUGAGCUCUUCUACAACAAAACCGCCAGUUUAUUCCCCAAGAAGCAAACAUUUUCGUUCAAAUACAACAACCCCUAAAGAAGAUUUGACUGAGUCAGUGCUUAUUCCUUGCAAAGAAGAAUUAUCUGAUAAUAAGAUCAACAACAAUGCUAUGUCAGAAGAUUUUCAAAAUUAUGGAAAGUUGCAAAGGAUGAUCAACUGCUCAAAAUCAAUGGAAUGCGAAUUUUGUAGGAAAAUUCUGCCCACAGGAUCAUUUCACGACCAUAUUUUAAACUGCAAACUUGAAAUAGACUCAUCCUCAGAUACUAGCCAAAUAAAUAAUGAUACCCAGCUUGAUAAAAUUGAAGAGCUUGAAAAACAAAUCAGCCAUUUAAAAAUAAGUCUAGGAAAAAUAAAAAAUCAAAAAGCAGCUGCGCUGAUUGAAAAUGAAAAACUAUUACUAGGGCUUAAAGAAGCCAAACUUAAGUGGGUGAUGGCUGAAGAAAAAAGUGCAGAAAUCCAACUUGAGAUGAAAAAUGAAAUGAGGGGCUUACUGGACGUACUUAUUAAGUAUAGACAAGCAGUGAUUUUGCCUCCAGCACUAUCAACAGAAAUAGAGCUAGCAAUCCACAAUAGUGCAAGAUUUUUCGGAGGAAGAAUAAACGUGAAAAGCAGAUCAAGAACGUCACCAACUCGCCAGAGAGUUAAUUAA